AUGGGUAAUGUUCCUUUUAUUUACUUACCUUGUCAUAGAUUGUGAACCAGAUCUCUCUAGUGAAAUCAACUCAGUUGCGUUCGAAUCGGUACUACCGAAUCUUUAACUUUAAUUCUCCAGAAUCUGGAUUUGAGGGAGUAUGCCACUGCCGUCGAAAGGCAACUUGAGGCACUCGAACAUGAUUCAGUCGAGUCCUGUAAGCAAGCCCACGUUUCUGUAAUGUUUACUUAGACAUGCAAACGGGGUCUGAUGUUGUAACAUUGCACAGAAAAAUUUCCACUUUUUGCAAGACGCUUGAGGUUUGUUGACAGCAAAACUCCAUAUUUCACUUAGCGCAUGGAAGAUAUUUUAUCAAACUUUCACCAAGACCUGUGGACCAUUGGGUCGGACAUCCAGGAUCUCCAAGUGCGGUCUAUGGACAUGCAUCAACGGUUACAGAAUCGCCAGGUACUCCGCCUGUACCAGGAUUUCUUGUCUCGAUUUGUUUGAAAGUCCAUUUAUUUCGUAAUAGUUCUUACAUAUUUUUUUCGGAUUUGAUUGCCCUUUUAUCACAGACUGGCGUUUAUGAAACCAUGCUUUCUUUCCUCAAGGCAGUUCGCGGGGAACUAAACCAGUUCUUGUCCGACAUGGUCAUCCCGGAACCUAUGAUAAAGUUGGUUCUUCUGCAUGGUUAUGAAACGAUUUUCAGAUUUUCGCUGAACAUCUAACUGUUUUGGUGGCCACUUUAACUAUGAAUUUGUGCCUUUUACUCCGUAAUAUUAGCCCCUAGAUUUUGGUUCUUCAAAUGUCGGCCCUUGCAGCACUUUUCACAUUAAUAACUGUGUUCGCAUUUCUUAGUUUAUAAAUCCCACUUCCGUUCUACGCAUGUCACUCUUGGCUCAAAAUAUUCUCCAACUUAAGGAAUUAACCUUUCAUAUCCUCCACUUUCGUUGUGGUCUUGUCAGAUUUCAUCCUUCCUAGGCAUAUACUACUAACCCCAGUGACGGAGCAGGAUUUUAUCGAGAAUCUCCAUGAGUUGGACCACAAAAUCAACUUGAUUCUCAGUCAGUCGUUGCCAAAUUAUCCUUCCUGUCAGGACGUGGGAGCACUGCUUAAAAAACUGAAGUUGAAAGUAUUCAUUCAUGAAUUGUAAUCUUUACUACCCUACUUAGGCUGUCGUUAAGGUUCGUGAAUUUUUGUUAGAGAAAGUUCGUUCUUUGCGCAAACCCUUGGCCAACUAUCAGGUCCCACAAAACCAUCUUCUCAAAUACAGGUACGUCUAGUCUUUGUUCGCCUUGUAUAUCCUCACUUGUUUGGGUAGAUAUCCCUACCCAAAUUACUAGUGCUAUAUUGCACAGUUUUCAAAAACUUGAAUACACUAAGUGGGUCAGCUUUAAUAUGCUGCUAUAUUUGUACUCUAUGCAUGGAAUGAACUUUGACGACUUCUUAUCUUGGUGACGUUAAAUACAUAUUACUUGAGUGAGAUGAUUUUAUCUUCUAAUGGUUCCGCCGAAAAUUAGGGAAAGCAAAACUUUAGUCGAUUUUGCCAAUUUUUAUCGCGUUCAUCGUAGAUUCAGUCAACUUUCAACGGGAUUUGUUUGUUUGACACGCUUUGAGUAAUAGUGCUACGGUAAGAGACAUCAUUCCCUCUGGACUGUUUUUGCGCCGACUAAGUAUUGCUUACUGUGUAGCAUAAGAAUUCGCCACCGAAGCCGCCGACACGAUGAUAUUAGGCAAUGAAAUUCUCAUGCCCAUGUUUUCUCGUGACAUUCGUUCACUUGUUCAGAAGGACGAAUUAACACUUUUAUCUGGUGUAUGCAUACGUCCUGCCUAAUUUAAGAAGACGGUUACCAUUUAAGCUUUUAUUCGUUUAGAUUGACCAGAUAACCAGGGAUGAGCUAAGUGUGAGUUUAGGUUUCGCAAGACUUCAGCAUAAUUUGGUUACUGUUCUUUUCUCCCCUUUAAUAGUUUCAAUGUCAGUUUCUGCACAUUAGAUAAUAUAACAACCGUUAAGAUUGAUCAAGAAAUAUUUUAUUAAAACUCAGUUAGACCGGGGCUCGAUUUGGUCAACCCCUGGCAGUGCUGCAUAGGGAAGGACACAUUUUGCUCAUCCGCCUCAGUUGGCGAGAGAUCUUAGGCAAUUGAGUUCCACUUUCCUCAAAUUCGUUUCCGGCCGUUAGGGUUAGUACACAGGACACACGCACUCGUUGAGCAUUAUUUUACGCACGGAGCAUUUGAUCUUUGUGUGCUAAAGGUAUGUUUAUUCUCAAUAUCUAACAAACGCUGUCUCUGAAGUUCCUCUUAUGCAGUCUGGUGAGACCACAUGAGGAAAUUGGAAUUAGCUGACUCGUUUGAACUUGAUAUAAAUACAUCCAACAGGUGAAUGAACGUUUCGUGUCAACCGCCUGCAGGUCCAGGUCUAUCGCGUAGGCUGUAUCGAGCACAGUUUUCUCCCAUUUUUCUGCCGUGGGAGCAAAGUUUAAUCAAUUCCGUUGGUCUUGAUUCCUCUGUCAACAUGUUCGAAUUUAGAACAGUCGGUAGGGGCCGUUAUUAGUUAAUUGGACGUUGUGAGCAAUGCACCCAGUAUUUGGGCGUUGUUCAGUAGUAGUAAUGCCAGUUAUACUCAAAGAGCGUGUUUAUCUUAAUACUCCUUACUCGCCUUCCCUAUCUCGAAGGUAUUUCUACGAAUUCCUCCUUGUCCAUGAAAAAUUAACAGCGCGAGAGGUGCGCGCGAGCUACAUCGGAACAAUGGAAAAGGUCUAUUACUCCUACUUCAAGACGUAUGCCUCGAAACUGUCAAAAUUACAGGCAUGUCUCAGUGCUAUCUUCCUUGAUUUCUUCCGUAUCUGAUUUCUAUAUACCCUACUUGAAAUCAGGUGGACUAGAAAACUUGCCUGCCACUGUUGCCUCUAUCCUUGUAUGUGUCGUCCUAGUUUUGUAUUCCAGAACCAACGUUUGUACAUUUCUCAACGUUUUUUACCAGAUGGACAGUUCAUUGGAGAAGGAGGACUUGGUGGGUAAGAAAGACGAUCUGGGCGCAUGGAUGCAGAGCGGCCCGCUGUCUGCACCCACGUCAACAGCGGCGGCGGCGGCCGCAGCAACAACCGCAACAGGUCGCGGCUCUAAUGUAGGCGCAGGUGCUGCCUCCUCACGUCCGGGCCAGUUUGGACUCGGGGAUCGUGCAGAGCGGCUUCUGAGUAGGGAAGGCGUACAGUCAGCCAUUCUCAUUCCGCACGCAGCUGCCAAGGGCGACGCUCGGGUACCCCACUUAUUAUUUUUGUUCUCGAUACUUUCUUCAAUAUUUCACUCCAAGAACUCAGCAGUCCGCUACUUAGUAUGAUGUUAUAUGCGCGCGUAAAUAAUGAAGGAAGAGACAGGUUGCUUGUCACACCCAGCCAUUUAUUCAUCCCACCUUUCGCAUUUCUGCUGAAGUUCGCGAUCACACAUAAGGCAGCAAGGUAAUAGGCUUUAUUUUGAGGGUGUUAGAAUUAAUCAGCAAUCUGUAUCGUCAUUUUGGAUAUGCCCGUACAAGGCCCAGAAGUCAACCUGCUGACUGCGACGGAAGCAUCCUAGCGGGACUAUCCCACUAGGCGGUAACUAUCUGCUUCGAGAGGGAGUUUGUUCCGUUUCUUUCAAGCAUACCGGAUAGAUGCCCGAGUGGCCCAUAUCAAGACGCUAUUGGCUGCUGACAGUCAUGUUGAAUGUAUUCGAACGCCGUAUGGACAUGUUUGGCCAGUGCAUCCAGGUUCAUCUCAACGCUCCAGUUGAUUGCCUCUCGUUCUUCCAUCACGAAUACGAUGAAUCCACCCGAGGAUGACUGGAAAAAUUUUGCAGCAAUUCUGACGAUACUAAGGAUGUUGAUGUGCUCUCACCGCAUCUUACAUUCCUUCAUAAAGGCGAGCACAGGAGUAGCCGAGCCACACUUAUCAGAUAUGGCCUAACCUUUUAAGACUGUUAGAUAAUGUCACAGAGCCAGGGCCCUAUAGUGUCUCUACAAGACAUAUAGGGUUCAGAAACAAUUCGAUUCUCGCCAGGGCCCUUGUUACGUACCUUGAGUCUUGCCUUUGCGGUUUCCUCCAGGGAGCGGAAUUAAGCCGAUUUUCUCGAGUGUGAAUGACUUAGUGUGCGUGUGAGAGGGAGGGAAUGGGCGAGCGAGAGAAAGGUAGUGACUAGUUGUUAGUCUGAUUUAAUAAGGCACUUGGGUUCGAAGUUGUCGCCAUCAGCACCGCAAACAGUCACUUCUGACUGGAAAAAUGAGUUAGCACACUUUCAGUGUGUUGCCGACUUUGUCGCUCGUCUGCUGAGCCUUCUCUAGUACUCAGACUCACUAGAGUUAUCAUAAAGUAGCUGUGGUUGGAGAGCAUGUCUAAUAACCGUUUAUGACGUUUAUGUAGUAGCUCUGCCAUCGCCUGAUUUUCUGAAAUGACUGCGAACUUCGAGUUGGCUUAUCGUGCGUCUCUCCGGCAAGCAAUAGGGCUCAGCGCUGUGCCAGAAGAAAUAAACAUUAUAAUUAAAGUCUCUGUUAGCUUUGCGUCGCCGUCAAAGUUCGCCUUCACAUGAUCAUCAAAACCAUUAAAUGGUCGGUUAGAAUUAAUUAGAAUGCAUUUUGUUGUCCACCAUGGAUUCUCAAAGAUUCUGUGAAUAUUCUUGGUGGUGCGAAAUCUACACCCGGACUCUGACUGACCUGCAUCGAGUGUACCGACAAUAUCGCUCUGUCCUAUCGUCAAGUAAUGCCAGCUUGCAGAAUUCACUCUAUCGAGAAGGAUUCCGCACAAUCAGUUGAUUUGUCCGUCAAAGCCCUACAAGCCGGAAGGCUUUCUACCUGAACCUAUGACCACGAGAAGACAGUCCUCAGAGUUAAUGACUGUCACCUUGUAAAGAUAGGCAACUCCUGAUACCUGGAGUCAGGUUUCUGCCAACUGAGCUGAGGAGCAGCUUCGUCCCUGGCUUGUCUGUAAGGCUGUGAAGCUCCUCAUAAGACCGUUCCGAUAUCAUCCACCACAGGGAUCCACGCAUAACGGACAUGUGAUUCACCAGUUCUCCUCGGGCGGAAGAAGAGAGAAAACUGGAGCUUUUCGACUACCGUUCCCCGAAAACGACCGCUCAAUUGGAGUGCGCUAGGUUCGUAAAUGUGACUUUACGUUUGCUGCGACAACCUUGCGAGCAUCUCCGGACGAUCAGGAACGUCAGACGAGCUAGUUUGGGCACUUUCUGCGUCGUCCACUCCAUACGUCCCGUGCUGUUGCCCUUAAUCCAAAGUCACCACCGAUUGAAGGCGAUGAGGGAGGUCGGGUUAAAAUUAUGUACAACAGGACCUGUCAAGAUAACGGAAUGGUCCUUGGAUCGGUUGUAUUUCACGCUGCUGGAGCGAGAAGAGAUUGAAUUCAACAGAUUCUUCGCCACAGGCGGUCGUGCGAGGUUAUGCAUUAUCAUCGUCACCCUCGAGCUCGUUUGGAUCGGACAUGUUCGUAAUCGUGUCAAGUCAAGUAGAAGUAAGCACAGCUAUAUGAGGAUUUCCGUGUGAGAACUAAACUUUGCACCUCAUUUCAUGAAGAGUUUAUCGUAGCAUGAUUCCAAUCCACUUACGAUAAGCAUGAUAAAUACCCCGGAGCACAUUUAGAAUCAGAGGGGCCUUGCAGUCAUAGAUCUGUCUUGAUUACAGAAUGAAAAUUGAUGUUCUCGUUUUGUUUUGGGGCUCCGGGUCUAGAGCCCAUCCAUGCCGUCUCGUAGCAUCGAGCAGUGAAUAAGUAAGAACUAUUGCGAGCAAAGGUACUGAACACUAGAAUGGGAAUUUUCGAAAACAGAAUUGAUCGGUGGACGCCACUCAUGUGGCUUUGCACAUUCCCUAUUUCAGCCGACGGGGGGGGGGGGGGGGAAGGUGCGAAAGCUCAGAUAGAUUGUGCGUUGAGGUUGAAUGCUCAGUGACCCACCGCAGCCGGGUCCAGACCUCGGGUGCGCCAGCACCUAUUACUGAGUAUCACUGAGUAGCAAUAACUAGUAAGCCCGAAACGGUCGUUCAACUGCUGCACUCUUUGUCCGUAACACUUCGCUGCGUCGUGUAUAUUGCCAUUCUCAAAGCCCUGGUUCUAGACAGGUUUGUGCCAGAAUAUGUGGGGCCGGAGCGCGAUAUCUGCAAAAGUGGAUCAGAAAAUAUUCGGCACUCGUCGAUGGGAGCGGAAUUCCUAAUCAGCUACUACGCCCGCAUCUAUCUUCAGGCGUGUUUAACUAGUUUCGCUUGUAGAACACGAUAGGGAUUGGAAAAGGGGGUGAGGUAGACGUUGUGCAAGUCUGCAUUACCGCAAAAUACUUUAUGCGUAAAUGAUUUCCUGACAUGGUGGUCGCCGCCGGACACUUCUGAUGGAUGAUGCCAGUCUGUGGAUAUAGAUCAUGGUACAGAACCAGGUGGUGGUGGACCAUCCUUUUUAACACACGUAUGCCUGUUAAUGCUGCUCUUUAAGGUAGGAUAACCCUCACGUGUAGGAAGGCCUUUGUUGCCAGUGCAUUCCGGUCACCCUGGGCGAAGGGUCUUCCAUCUGGACUUAGAAUCAAGCUUGUAAACACAAGCUCUAGGUCUUAUCAGGAGAGGGCGAACUAACGAGGGAUAUGCAUCAUAGGUCUGAUCUGAUCACUGCUUACGCCCGUCAGUUUUGGCGGAAGUCAAGAGGGUCAGCGCAGCCGAGAGUGACCAACAUGCCAAAUUCAAGCCCUCGACUGUCGAAAGGGUUGCUGGGGCAAAAUCUGCCAAAAAUGCACUUUAUGAUGAUCGAGGGGAUACACUUGAUUGCCCUGAUACCCCUCUGUGAAAGGCGCCAUGACGUUGCCCCAAAACGUCUUAGGAGGGCACCACGGAAGUUUUCGGACUAAUUGAAAGUACGGUCGGCCACGUUAAGGGAAUUGCCUAUUGUGGAUAGCAGUAAGUUGACUAAAACUUCGAAAAACCAGGGUUAGGCUCGCAAUUUUGCGUACCCAACGCACCAAAGCGUUCCUUUUCUAGACUUCCCAUAUUUUGCUUAGUAUCACUUACACCUUCCUUUGCCUGUUUUAGUACCCCGUGGAACAAGUAUUCAGAUCUAUAAGUUACGCACUAUUAGAUACAGCUUCGCGGGAGUACCUCUUUCUUGGAGAUUUCUUCCUGCAUGGCUUCUCCUCACCAGUGGUUCGGCCAGCGACGUCGGAAGGUGGAGAUGAAGGCAGAAGCAGCCCAGCCUCUCUUUCCAACCAGUCUGGCCGGCCUCCCAGUGGCGCUGAGGCUGCCGCUUCCCUCUUCAGCAAGAUUUUCACCAGAACUCUGAGUAUGCUAGAGACCAGCGUGAUACCUCAACUUGUCGCCACCGGUGCCUACGACCUCCUCGGUCUUAUGCUUUGCGUUCAGUUGGUGCACGCCAUGAUCAACUUGGGCGUCGAACGCCAGGCUCCUGUUUUAACGACGUAAGUCCAGAACACCCCUCCCCUUGUUGGGUACGUCCACAUUCUCAAAAAAAGUCGUUCCAUCUUACUGGAAGGCGUGUACGUGCAUUCGUCCUCCUGUGUGUGUGACAAGCAUGUUUUCGACAGCGUCUCGCUACUAGCUACGAUCGCAGUGCCUCCCUGGAACCUGAUUGGUGCGUGUUUGCGAGAAGUUGCGUGGCCACUCUAGGCCUUCUUCUUGGGGCGGAGUGGACGGAAUUCUAGCCAUAAUUAACGGGGUUCUACUAAUGCACGCAGUUUUUUUAAAUUAGAUUGAUUUGCGGGUGGCAAUGCAAUUUGUCAUAGUAGAUCGGACUUUUUCUCUUCUGUGUUGGUGGUUUGGAACAAUGGUCGUGUGCGCAUACCAUUCUUGUUAUCGCGGGAUACCGGGACGAGUCACGACACCCCCGCCGCCAACAGACACAUUUAGGUAAACUCAUAAAGGCUAUCUUCUACGCCUUUUUUUCUUUCCUCCUAGCUUCUGGAACAAUAUAUUAAACAUCCUGUGGAUAAAGGUUGUGGAACGUCUGGAGGCGCACAUUUCCUCCUUGCGCGGCCUGGAUGUCGCACAAUUCAGUCAGGCUGCAGCAACCUACCUGCCGCGUUCUAACCGUGGUGGCAUUAACGAGGCCGCGGCCAUCAAUCUCACACCCCGCGCCUACUGUCUCAUUCGACCGCACCCUGUAGCCCGACGCUAUGCUGAGUUGGCAGCCAGCCUUCACAGCAUUGGACGGGCUCCCCUGAAGGGUGCGUCCUCCCGUCUUUUUGCACACUCCUCACGGACACAUUUGUUCACUUCUAUUUGCAGUGGUCCUUUUUCUCAUUUCUAUACUAGCAUGCAUCGGGGCUCUAGUGUGCGCCACCAUCUGCAGUCCAGUUCAAGGAGGUCACAGGAGCCAUCUCUUCGGCUAAUGGUCACAUAUGAAGUUAGCGGUUGAAGAAGGCGGUUGCCACGAUUGGUUGCAGUCUAGGUGAAGGUCAGGCGAACGGACCAGGCCCAAGGAGGUGUUGCAGUUGAUAGUAGAACAGUAAAACUGGUAGUAGGGAGUAGUGUGCUUAGAUCUAGAUUUCUUGUCCGUCUCAUUGAAGUCUUCCGAAGCUGCGAGGCUUCAUAGGCCAGCUUUCGUCUGUUUGUUGUCGGGUAGGGUUCUGUGGAUUGAGCGAUUGGUUGCUGCCAUGGUCGAUAAUGGUUCUGGCAGUAGCAGAGGGUACCGAAGCUGGGUUUCGCAUAGAGGUUGUCCAACGGCCGAUGUUGCGUUUGCUUACAUAGCCAUAGAGUGCUUAUGAACGUCAGACUGUAGCACGUUAGAUGGUUGACCAUUAUCGGUUAGGUCUUUCCAGUUCCCUCAUAGGAGCUGUUUUAUACUAUUGUGGUCACGCUAGUGGUAGGUUUAACACUCGCAUUCGAUAUCCUAGUGUCAAAAGCGGAUUUUUUUAUACAAACCGGUAGUUUCGAAGAGGGCGACACGAGCACUGGACAAGAGUUCUAUUCGUCUGCCGUUUCUGAUUCACACUCCAAUCAGUAUUCGCAGACUGCAUCAGAUAAGGGCAAUAUUUUCACAAACGUUGCACUAUCUGUAGGAUGCUGUUACUAUACCACUACACAUCUAUUACAAUUAACGGCUCCGGCAUUCCAAACAGAUAAUUGAGCUUGCAGCGGUAAUUGCUUGAUGGUCCACAGCCGAGUCUUUAACUGCCGCAAUUAAACUACUCAUGUUGGUUACUGGUGUGAUAACAACUCGACAACUUGGUUCACUAGCACGAACACUGAAAACAAUGCCCACUCGCGUGCCAGUCGCGUAACUGAUGACUUUGCCCAAGUAAGAUAUUAGCACAGAAUAUGACGGAGGAAGGUCAUUGCCAUGUUAAUGAACUUUGGGCCGGAGAACUGCAGCUCAGUCAACGCGCGGCCUACACGCUUGUCACCUCUCGAGGGUUAUGGUCUCGUUGGAUUCAAAUGUUUGGCCGGGUCAUGUUAAAUCAGCCGCGACUUGGAAACUGGCGUCGCUCCUCAUCACUGCUGUUGCAUGUUCGGCCAUUCACGUGCCGAAUGAUCUCCCGGCCUCUCACGUGGUUGCUUCACCCGCAACUACACUAGAUGAGGCAAACGACUGUAGACAUUUCCUGCUGUGGCAAUGGGCCUUUCGACCCCAUGACCUAGUGCCUGAUGCUUGCCUCCGGUUUGCAGCCAAUAGGAUGGCUGCAAAUGAUGCUCAGAACUUGCGUCGUACUUGUCGCCUUCUUUAGGUCACCAAAAUCUUUGCGGCCGACGAUGACAUGACGGAAUGCCAACUGGUUGUGUCCCCAAAUUUCCGUCGCAAACUCUACACUUGUACAUGGCACGGGUUGGGUCAUGCCUGGUCUUGCCGGCCUCGACUAUGUCGCAUAUUGUACCGCUUCAUGCGUGGCGAUCCGCGGCAGUGAAUCUGGGCGACUCGAUCCAUCCUCCUCUCGAGAGACAGAGACCAAGUACCGGAAUCUCGAGAGUAACUUCCAUGUGUUGACGACCUGUGUUGAGCCAGGUCGCGAGUCGACGCCUCCAGGCGGACAACGGCGUCGGAUUAAGGACAUUAACAGUGAUCUCGUGAGGCAGACGAUAGAGAACGGACCAAAAUCAUAUCAGUCGUCUUCUUUAGAUGACCCGGAAAAUCCUCUAUAUAUUGUCUCGGAGUGGGGACUGCUUCACCUGAAACGAAGUCAGCCCACGUAACUCGAAGGAUGGUCCCUGUGCAAUGGCGUUCAAAUAUCCUGCCUUCGCUUAUCUUCCAUGCUCAAAGCUCAGCAUUCACAAAGCUGGGGGAGGACUAACUGGACGAAUGCGUCGUAGACGCGAAUCUUAGUGGCGGUGGAAAUGUCGCAUCGGCUUCAUUGGCACUUUCUAAGGAUUGAAAAGAAGCCUGCGUGAGGUAUCGAUUUGGGAGCCAAUGUCGUCUUUAAUCUGUCCAUUUGGCAGCAGCCUCGCCCCCACGUAUUUGAAACUGCCUGUUUCUUCAAGUUGACGGCCGUUAAUCCCGAGGAUUGCCUUUUCCUGCCCAGGGACGCAACUUGGAAUUAGCUGCGUAUGGAUAAGCCGGCGGGUUUCGCGACUUCAUUCACGCAUGACAGUAGAUCACCAACGCUCAGGGCUAACAGGGCGACAUCGUUAGCUUAUGCUGGAUCAGUCAACCGGCGUCCAGAUGCAAAUUCAACACCGUCAAAACCGUGUCACUAGCCCUCCGAGAAUGCAGUCAGUGGUGUUGUUGAAUACAAUGGGCGAAGACUUAAUUCUAGAGCGCGUCUCAGUGUGAAUAUCAGUUCCGUUCAUCCACGCCUAGCUCGGAAUCUGGCUUGGCUAGGCCUCGUCCUAGAGUCUCGAACACCCUGGAAUUGUCUGACAAUGACGACAACGAAGACCUUCGCAGAAAAGCCAAUGGGGCUUAUGCCCCGACAAUCUUUGCUCGAAGUGCUAUCCAGCAGUCGACCUUGGCCGAGUUUUCAGCACUGAAUCCGCCAUUCACAUCAAGAACAAUGUCACUAAGUACCGAGAACUUAGCACUAAGUUGGCGGAUAAUUUGGUACGGGUUUCGAGUAUCUCCAACGUUUGAGGCCUGCUCCAUAGAGGUCGCCGUUUCAGCCCAAUAAUCCUUCUGGUUAUCCCCAGUCGACUUUGUCGUUAUCUUCCGGAAUUGGCGGAAUGAAGCGUCGGUACGGUAACUGAUUCGAGCCGUCUGAGCAGAAAACUGUGCGGUUUUUCCGCCAAUCCAGUUACUUCAGCGUCGCUGGACGAAUCCGAGAAUGUCCUCAGCUGCCCUAGACUUAUGACUUCAAUGAUGACCAUUGGCUACUACCUUGUCCGUCGGCUCAGGUCGUAAAACGUGACCCGGUUCCCAUGCUCAGGACCUCGACGUUGUUCGGUUGUCGGGAUUUCGCGACAUCAAGUCGUUUCAUAGGUAGCAUUUCGGAUUCAAUUGCGAGGCGUGUGCGAACGUAAACGUCGCCCGAUCCAUGGAUUCUCCCAUUUUCGGUACCACGCAUCGAUCUGCUAUCAUGGACGCAGCUGCGGAACUUUGAACCGUCUGGAAUGUAGUUGUUCUGGCCGGCCGCAUGGCCAUCGUACCAGGUCAGCAGAUGUUUGUGGCGAUGCUAGAAGCACUUGUUGGUGACAAAUAGUUGGUUCCGAUCAGAAAAGAUCAGCAUUCCCUUACCAUUGUUGCAUCACGAACGAAGCCCAAAGCGAUCACUGAGGUGACUGAAGGAUCGCCGGGUCCUGUCCGAUCAUUCCAGUCCUCGACAACAAUCAGCAGACCACGGCGACUGAUUUCUGCAGUUGCGAUCAGAAGGUUCCUUUAUCGUGUUGGUCGAUAGCUGGUGUUAAUGCGUACAGGGAGACGACACAAAUGUUUGUAAUAUAACUCUUAGUCUUAUGUAAGUCAUCCAGUCAUUGACUGGUUCCCAUGCAAGUAGUUCGCAGUUCGAUUGCUGCGAAGGUGAUCGCCACAGCAUGUCUGCCAGAAGAGUCGUGUGGGUCGCUGUGAUAGGAGGUGAAGUUGGGGUUAACUCCUGGGAUCUUUAUUUCCCUAGAGCCUCAGUAGAGGGUCCGAAUUUCAGACAGUCGGCGGGAAUCCUUGCUGUACAGCUGAAGACUGCGUGCCGUUAGGUUUUAGGGUGUGAGUACAAGCGCGUCCCCAGUAGCCACUCGGUACGUUUGUUUGAGGUUGUUUCCUCUAGUAUUUUGGCUCAAAGAUCUAAUCACAAGGCAACGCUGCCUUGUGAUGAGAUUCUUACUUAUUUAAUGGCGCCAUGUCACCGCGUCAUCGGGCUUUGCGUCAUUUUAUAGGGCAGUCGACUUGCCAAACCUCAGUCCUCCACGCCUGGUAGUAUUGUCGCUGGUGGUCUGCAGCUGCGUAUUCGCCAGUCUCGAGAGCCUGCUUAUUUUACAGCUAGCCUUCGCUGAAUGCCGUAUAAUUAUCUGCUACCUGUGGACACUCAGGGUAGUUAACAGUUUGACUAGAUUGUAGAUCCGGGAAGACGCUGAGAUGUUAUUUGAAUGUCAGCACCCGAUCCUUUUCAUUGACGACAACAUCCGUAUACUGAGUCCAAAAUUUCAGUCUGUGAUGUCGGAAGACCAGCCGAUUCAACGGUCGCACGACCGCCUCGAUUAUGAUUGCCAAGAUCGAUGAAUCUGGUGUGGUGCCAUCCAUCUGCUUCUGACAUGUUCCAUCGAACGUGAAGUACGUUUUGCGGGUCCAAUAACUAGCUUUAGCGACGAGAUUUCGACAAUAAACGACUAGGCUGAGGGCCAUCAUGCAAUGAACGCACUCAGUUUAACCAUCUGUGAUGAAUGCGAGACCCAAUAAUUGUGAUAGAUAUACACUGGCGUAGCAACUGUAUCCCAUAAAUACUGCAGCACUUGGGUAAACAUUGCCCUUAUCUGAUGCAGUCUGUGACGGCUGAUCCGAGUGUGAAUCCCAAACGUCAGACGAAUAAAACUCUUGGUCCAGCCUUCAUUCCUCAUUUUUCCCGUUUACUUUCGGGAACUCGCAUUUGCGCUUGCAUCGACUAUCCGGUAGUUCCGCUUGCUAUCAUUUCUCCUCUUAACUCGGACUAAUUCUUUUUUUCAAUUCUGCGUCUUCCUGUAGCUUCAAAUGUGGCGGAGGCUUCUAAUGCCUCAGUAUCUUCAUCCUCAUCCCUGGAGCCCCCUGCAUCCGCAUCCCUUGUGACCACGUCAGCAGGCACUGUCGGUGCGACCGAACGCUCUCAACUUUCUGUAUCUACCCAACUGGAUGCGCGCAUAGUUCUCUCCCUCUCGCGUAUGCACGUGGAAUUCGAGGCCGCCUGUUACCGACUGGCCAAAGCCUUGCCCCGCGAAAGACUACGUCUGAUCUUCCUCAUUAACAACUUUGAUCUCGUCAUCAGUGUCCUAUCUGUGAGAACUCACGUUCCUUUUGUACCUGCCCGAAUUCCAAUACCUUCUCUUUAGUGCAUACAUUCUGCGUCAUAUUUUAGAUUUUGCCACUUGUUUGUUGCCCAUUUCACAUACCCGCACCUUGCUUAAGCUACAGCUGAUUCAAAUGUGGUGUUUUUCAUUACCCGCCGGUCACUUUUUCAGUCGUCUAUAUCAAGGACAUCUGGUGAGUGAAUGGAUUUAUGAAUCGGGAAGGUGGAUUAAACAGAGCAAAAAUGGCAUUGCACCAUCGACUUACACACGACACAACGUCUGCUGGUGUCCAAUCGGCUUAUAAUUCGCCCCGCAUUCACUCAUAGGAGAGUCCGUCGUACUCAUGCCUACAAUGAGGGACGACGGAAAGUCUUUCAUACGUCCGUGCUCGGCUACACAGUAAAUAAACGUAUACGGAGGGGACAUCGGCAACAUCUAUAUGACGCAGGUGGUAGAGACCACGUGAAUGAGCACGCUGUUGACCACGCAUACCGUUGGUUGUGAAGUGUACGGCGACGGACUUCCGGACUACUACUGUCGUUUUCUCUGUUAGGCUUUUGCACGUUUGAGCCUAUCGGCGUGCCACUGUCAGUAUCUGGCCAUAACAUCCUUUUCUCACUUUUGCUUUCAGGAGAAAGGUGCAGGCAACUGUCCUGAAGUGCUGCGGUGUCGGGAGGUCGUUGCGAUGCACACCAGUGCCUACAUCGACCAGGCGUUGUUGCCCUACUUCGGGAGCAUGAUCGGUUUUAUCAGCUCCGUGGAGAAUCGUCGACCCGGCGACAGCGACACCGUCAACGAUGUUGGAGGUGGCGCUUCAAGCAGCCGAGAUGAAGAAGGUUAGAUGCACGUUCUCACCCUUCUUUCCGCUAGUUCUUCCCCGUUUGUAUGUUUACGCCCUUUCGUCAUUCCCGCUCAUAGCAAGUAUCGUACGACUUUGAUGAAGUAAAGAGUCAAAUUACUCGUCAGGCGCCGAAUGCACAUGUUCGUUCCUCCUUCCGCUUGAACCACACCAGUACCUGCUAGGCUUUAUAAACAAUCAGCGGCCGGUGCAUCGACUCUGAGGUUGUGCAGGACUCUGUUUGCGAGCGGAAGGUCAGUGUGCUGGGUAAUUAAACUCCCCUCGCUAACGUCGUAGUUCGUCUUAUUCCUAGUCCAAAUAAUUACUUCUGCGGUCCUAAGCGUGUAGAUAUGACUCGUCCCAUGGGCUUGGUUGUGACCCGAGACAACUGUCCUCCUCACCCCACAACUGGUUCAUGCUAGUAUGCAUGCUACACGUAUCACUACCAGGACAGCCAAGGCAGACAGUAUGGCGUAUCACACCAAGUCGCUCAUUAGUUUGCCGAGAUUGACAGACGAGCUCCAUCAUGGAUGAUGGCUGAUGUGGCGAGAAAACGACGUUAGUGGGGUCGACCCACGUGUUGCCCUCUCCGCUUGACGUAUUGGGGAAGGGAGAACAGGACGGGCGGGACUCAGGUAGGAUUUGCUAAAUGCGGUGACGCUAACUAUCCUUCUCUGGUUAACCCCGCUGGUUAAGGAUGGUUGCCGGGGUGUUGUUGCUCUAGAGCCAAGUAUGGGAGCUGAAUGUCAUUGGGGCGAUGUACCAGUAUCCACAAAAUCCAUCGAUAUGCUUGGCAGGGCCAGAACCUCACAAACUUCUAAAUGUCAAUCAGGGUUACAGAUACCGUUGGUGUGAGCGAGCAAUCACAGCGUGCAUCGCCGGCCCAUGACACUCUUUGACCGCCUGCAUACUUGGUGGCGCCUGGCUCACUAUCACAGACUGCGUUUCUGGACAGCCCAUCAGAUCGACGAUUUUCUGUCCGUGUCCACUGUUGCUUCCUCUGCCGUAAUUCCUAGUCUACCUUCAUUCCUUUUACUUUUUUUCACAGGGCGUGUGACUCACAUCGUAAAGGGUUUCAACAUUGAUUGGAAAAAUUCAAUCGAGAAAAUAAACGGAGAAAUCAUGCUUGAAUUCGCAAACUUCACCCUGGGCACACAAAUCUUUCAGGUCAGUUUCCUCUGCUGGCUACCUUUAACUCUUUGGUGAAUCUGCCGGUUUACUUUUGCGGUGACAUGUGAAUGAUUAGUGCUGAUACACCCCCUUUGCUGUCCAUUCGUUUAGCCUGGUCGGACGACUGAACAGCAGAUUUUGUAGGAGACCGGAGCAUUACUGUUUCCCUAACCCGACGUUUCAGUCGUAUGGCCUAAUGACUGACCGACGCCGGCCAAUAAGCCAGACACAGCCAUCCCAAUCUCCUUAUCUGCAUCUACUGCUGGUCUCUAGACGACUGCUGGCAAGGGCUCUAGACUGAACCCCAAUGCAGAAGGGGAUGAACACGUUCCGUAUACUGGUCGAUGAGCGCUUCCCUACCAGAUUGUUCAGAGGAACCCCGAGAAAUUAGUUUCAUAUGCCUUGUCAGCUUAGACACUGUUAUUGGGAGUAGAAACGUUCAAAGCAACAGGAUGGGCAAGACCUCAGAGUCCGCUUCCUGCGGUACAGGGAUUUCUAAAAGUAUAGAGUUCGAAGCAAACGCUGACUUAUCCCAUUCGCAUAUUUCAAUGUCGCCGAGACACCAUAGUCAUUGGGGCCACGAGUCUAUGAACGCUCCCGACCGGUCGACACUUGUAAGUUUUACAUCAUUCAACUUAUUUUCUUCUCUCUUCCAUUAGGCCCUACUCGCGCAGUUGGUGCAAGUCUAUCAUCGGUUCCAGAAUGUCAUGACUCUAUCCCCCUAUAACACUAUGCCGGUGCGGAACCAGCUUGUCAGCAUUCACCAGAUAAUGAAUGAAAUUAAACGGUUCAAAUCGACCUUCUGA